CGAAUGUCGGGCCGAUCGUUUCCUUCGAGGUUCGUCCACGUUGUUCGAAGGAAAGCCAAAGAGCCAGGGAGAUCCAUCGCGAGGAGACGCCGAGAGAAAGGGAGAAACCUAGCUCGCGAAGAAUUGUUUCUUUUUGCAUAAAGACGAGCGAGUGGGGUGCUCGUUAAGGAUCGAAUCGUCCGAGAAAGUGGCAGCGAUUCAACCAGAAGGAUGAAUUACACGGUGCAUGACCCUUUGUGACGUUCAUCUUGAAACGAAUACACGGAUGUAUUUGUACCUGACGAUCUAUUGAUCUCUUCUACCUUAUAAUUGAUUUUGAAAGGUAACAAUUUUUGGACGAGGUAAACGAUGAGCGACGGGGUCGCGUGUUCCUUCACGAGGGGAGGAUGAAGGCGGAUGAAUCACUGAGAGGGCUGCGACGUUUUCAGUGAAAGGGGAGAGACGAUCGAACGGACGAAAGGGAGCAAAGCUUUGUUCGAAGUUUAACCGAUCCUCUAAAAGGCCGUGAUGAGUAGAAACAACGAGAACGGUAUAUCCUUGGCGACACCUCCGGCGAUUCACGUUGGUCCUAUCGUCAAUCCAGGUACCAACGAGACGAUAUCGAUCGUGAUACCGUUAUCAGCACAAUUAGCCACAGUUACCAGUCAAAAGAUCGAGAAAUCUUGCAAGGACUGCAACAAAGAUACGAAACACUCGUCUAAUACCGUUUCAUCCCGUCCAAGAAAUGACAAGACAAAGGGAUGUCCUUAUUCUGGUUGCAUUAGGUAUGGCAGAGCCUUCUCCAGAGCUCACGACCUGAAAAGACACAUAGCUCGUCAUGAAAUGAGAAAGGAGAAGCUGUCUGAUUAUGAAAACAUGGGCAAACAGCAACGCAAUAGUAAGGAGAGCGGGGAAAGUAUAGCAAACGGAUCGACCGAUAGGCAACAGGCAAGUUGGGCCGAUAAUUCGCGUGAAACCAAUGCCAAGUCCUACUCUUGCACGCAUUGUAAGAAGAAGUACACCAGCGAGUUGAAGCUGAAGGCUCAUAUGAGCUCGCAUGAGAAGGUGACUGACAAGAACGUGUGCACACUUUGUGGAAUGGGCUCUCGUGACGAAGAGGAACUGCAGGAGCAUAUGAAGCAACACACGACUACUAUGUUGGAGGCUCAGAUGGCUCUAGAAAAAAGUGAAGCACCAAGGAAGGAUCAAGUGGACAAAGAAGACGACUUCCUGCUAGAGGAGAUGCUGCUUCUUAAUAAAAAUCCAAGGAGGACUGCACAGUCUGAUAAGAGUACCUCAAAUGGAGGGUCCAAGAUCAGAUGCGACUAUUGUUCAAAGACGUUCAAGACCAAGUGGACGCUCAGCUCGCACGUAGCAGCCCACGAGGGUCGUUUCCAGUUCGACUGUGGCCAAUGUGGCAAAAAAUUCGUCCGGAAGAGUCAUUAUGAAGGUCACGUGAGAUCUCAUGAAGCUGCUAGACCCUACGUCUGCGAACAAUGCGGGAAGACGUUCAAGGAACUGAAGCACAGGAGGGAACAUACCAAGAGGAAGCAUCCUUCGAAUCAGAAUGCUAUACAGACCCUUUUGGACAGCAUCAGUCCUUGUGGAUCCGAGGAGUUGCCAGUCGACCAGACCAAGUUCACGCUUCUGAUGCCAGUCAAUUUUUCAGUGUAAAAUGAGACGCUUGAUGUUUGAUGAUGAUCCUUGAGGAAUUUUCUUGUAUUCGCAAGGAACUUGUUCUUUCUGUUGGGAAGAUGAAAUUGUAUUAGUACAGAUACAGCUGAGAUAAGCUUUUUUCCUAAUAUUUAAAUAAAAAUGAUCACCAACACAGAUAAUUGGAAAAUUGUGAGGCUCAGCUUGAUUCAGGACUACUGAGACACUAAACAUAAGGUAUUCCAGGAUCUCAAGGUAGCAAUUAAGAGUUAACAGGUUGAUUGGUUCAAUAAAAUUGAAAAUAUCUAAGUGUUAAUAUCUUAAUAUCUUAAUUGUUCAAUUAUAUUGAAUCUGUGAUGCGAGUCAACGUGUUAACUAAGCUGUUAUUCAUUACAAUCAUUUAUCAUUCCUCAAGUUUCUAAUUCUCGUUCGUGAAAACAGGGUUUGAAGGAUUUCAAUGCAAAACUAGGCCAUCGAUUUACUAGAUGAUGAAGUACAGUGUUGAACCGCGAGUUUAAUUGUCGUUUUAUAACGGACAGACCAAAGAGAUUGUGUUAUGUGAUGAUAUACACUGUGGGACAAAGUUAUGGGACUUAAAGGAUAGAAUUAAUAAGAUAGCAGUUAUUCUUCACUUUGAACGUUUUGUUUGUAAUUAUAUUAAAUUAUCGAGUCACUUGUUUAUGUUAAGAUUAAUAUUUUCAAUUUUUGUACUAAAACACUAGUCCAACAUAAGUCCCUCAUUAUUUUAUUCCACAAUUGUAGCGCAAAUUGAUAUUGUACAGUUAAAACUGCAUUAAUUGUAACACUAAAUGAAUUGUACACUUAAGGAAACUCCAAUAUAUGACAUAUAUAUAUAUAUAUAUAUAUAUA